GUCAAAGCUUAUCCGACAGGCGCGACGCAUGCGCGUUGUGUCUCCUCCCGCACGGUAGGAGCCAUUGCCGUUGCCCAGGGAGCAGCGCGGCGCUGCCAUGGCCGGGCUGCUGAAGAAGUCCACCGGGCUCGUCGGACUCGCCGUGGACAGCAACCCGCACGAGAGCCCUAAAAUGAGUGAAAGAAUGGAACGUAAGCAUUUGAGGAUACUCUAUACAAAACUUACUGCUGUUCUGCAGAACAUCCCCAAAGAUGCAGCAUAUAGAAAAUACACAGAAGCAAUGAUAAAUGAACGACUUAAUAUGGUAAAAACAGAACCUGAUGUACAAAAACUGGAAAACAAAAUAAACGAUGGGCAGAUAGAAGAAGUCAUUUUGCAGGCUGAAAAUGAACUUAAUCUAGCAAGAAAGAUGGCACAGUGGAAACCAUGGGAGCCUUUAAUUGAAGAUCCUCCUUCUGACCAGUGGAAGUGGCCAGUAUAAAAUUUAGCAUUCUCUGUAAAUUCUUGAGGAUUGAAAAACAUUUAAUUAAAACAUUGGUCUGAUAUUACUGAAAAUUGUUUGUUUGCCUUUAAAUUAAAGGAAUUACUGUUAUAUAA